AUGCCUCCGAAGAAGAACAUCAACAACACCGGUCACAACACUAAUUCGACAAGUGAUUGGACCGAGCUUCGUGCUACUCUCCUGGCGAUGCAGGAGAACAUUCAGGCGACGAUUCACGCGUCUAUUCAGGAUAUGGGCGAGACACUAUUGACGCGUUUGGACGCUCGUAUGCCAGGUCGUGCACAGGGUGAGGAGCGUAUGAACAACCCCUUUGCAAAUCGCGAUGAUAAUGAUGACGUGGAGGACGAUGAGUAUCCCAGGCGAGUUCGUCGUGAUAAUUACCAUGGUGAAGGCGGCGACAACAGGUGGGAGUCCGGUUUUCAUGUUGAUAUUCCGGAAUUCCUAGGAGGAAUUCGAGGUGAUGAACUCCUUGACUGGAUCGUUUCGGUGGAGGAGAUACUCGACUUCAAACGAGUUCCCGAGGACAGACGUGUUCCUCUUGUGGCGAUGAGAUUUCGAGGUCAUGCCGCGUCUUGGUGGAAGCAAGUGAAGUCGACAAGAACAUGCACAGGGAAAGAGCUGAUACAGUCCUGGGAGAAAUUAAAAAAACACUUGCGCAAGGCCUUUCUUCCGCACAAUUAUGACCGCCAGAUGUAUACACGCUUACAGAAUCUGCGGCAAGGGAGUCGUAGCGUGGAGGAUUACGCGGAGGAAUUCUCCGUCUUGCUCACUCGCAACGAGCUUCGUGAUUCAAAGCCUCAGCUGGUAUCUCGUUUCAUUGGAGGUUUGCGCCCCCAGCUUCAAACGGCGAUGGCACAGUUCGAUCCUACGACGAUCAGUGAAGCCUUCCGACGAGCUUCAUCCUUUGAACAGCAGCUGAGAUCGUCAGGUUGGACCUCUGGGUCUGUUCGAAACAGAACACAGGAUCCUGCGAGUGUUGCUUCUUCUGCAACGCAUAAGGACGUUGGUGAUAAUGUUGUGCAGUCGUCGCGCGUCACAGCGCCUCCGGAAGACCAAGCUUUACGCCGUUCUAGCCAGCCCAACGCACUAAGAUGCUAUUCUUGUGGCGAACAGGGGCAUCGCCAGACAGCCUGUCCCCACCAGACGCGUCGUGGUCUUGUCGUCGGAGAUACUACAAUUGAUUUGGCCGCGGCUUAUGACUCAAAAGCAGAGGACGAUGACCUUGAGGACUCUGAGAUUGUUCCGACACACGGACGUGUCUGCACUUUUAUCGUCGAUUCGGGCAGCUGCCGCAACGUGAUAUCUGCUUUUGCGGCUGACAAAUUGGAGAUUCCCAAGGAAGCCCACCCUGCUCCUUAUACUCUUGGGUGGCUGUACGAGGGAGUUAGCGUCCGUAUCACAGAACGUGCACUCGUGGCAUUUUCUAUUGGGCCACAUUAUCGCGAUCGUACGUACUGCGAUGUUGCUCCUAUGGACGUCUGCCACCUCUUGUUGGGUCGUCCGUGGGAAUUCGACAGGAAGAUUAUCCAUGACGGAGCGCGUAAUACCUACAGCUUCAUAUGGGAAACACAUCAGAUCCUUUUAGUCCCUUCACGUGAAGCUUCGUUACCUGCCCCGCCAUCUCCGAUCGUCUCUGAGCCGAACUCGCGUCGCACACCGGGAGGCAUCGCGUAUGCACUUCUGCCUUCGUCCCCUACGCGAGUCCUUUCUUCUCGCUCUACAUCGGCACUUGAUGCUGUUUUAGCAGAGUUUGUGGACGUCUUUCCUGACGAACUCCCUACACAGCUUCCACCACUUCGCGACAUUCAGCACACUAUUGAUCUGGUGCCUGGUGCGACGCUUCCCAAUCGUCCACACUACAGGAUGAGUCCUCACGAACACGAGGAACUUCGUCGUCAAGUGGAAGAUUUGCUUCGCAAAGGCCAUAUUCGUGAGAGUCUUAGCCCCUGUGCGGUACCAGCGUUGUUGAUCCCAAAAAAGGAUGGCACUUGGCGUAUGUGUGUAGAUAGUCGUGCGAUCAAUAAGAUUACGGUGCGUUAUCGAUUUCCUAUUCCACGCUUGGAUGACUUACUCGAUCAGAUUGGAUCAGCAACUGUCUUUUCAAAGAUCGAUUUGAAGAGUGGCUACCAUCAAAUUCGAAUUCGCCCAGGUGACAAAUGGAAGACGGCUUUCAAGACGCGAGAGGGUUUAUUUGAGUGGCUAGUCAUGCCAUUUGGGUUAUCAAAUGCACCCAGUACGUUUAUGCGUAUCAUGAAUCAAGCCUUGCGUCCCUUCAUAGGCAAAUGUGUGGUGGUCUACUUCGAUGAUAUCCUUAUCUUCAGCGCUUCUAUGGACGAUCAUGUACGACAUAUUCGUGAUGUUUUGCUUGUUCUUCGCAAAGAAACAUUUUUCGCGGCAAAGCAGAAGUGCGAAUUUGGUGUUCCCGAAGUGCUUUUUCUGGGAUAUGUGGUGUCUGCAAAAGGUUUGGCGGUAGAUAUGUCUAAGAUUGAAGCCGUCCAAUCCUGGCGCGUACCGUCACGGAGGUUCGCAGCUUCCACGGAUUAG